GAACAUCACCCAGUGCACCGCUAAGAAAACACAGCCUGAACCUUAAAAGAAACAUUCGAAGCACUGAAGCACAGGAACGAACAACCGAAAAUCACCACAAGAUCUCACGGAUGCAUUUAAAUGACUCCUUCCAUUAGCCAUGCAACAAAAGACGCUAGCUGUGCGCACUGAUCCGCAAGGUUUAGCGGCGACGACCAGCCUGAUGAGGGUAACAGCGGAGAACGAGUGAGUGUGGUUUCGAGUGCGUGCGGGCGUGCGGUUUGGGCUACGCGGGCGCCAGUGUUGCAGUGAGGAGCGAGCGUCGAGAGGGUGUGCGUGGGCGAGAUAGCGCUGCGGGAAGCAUACUUUAUAACGACGGCAAAAACGUUACUUGUAUCGGUGUGGAGUACAUCUUAUACCUGACAUCACUGGCAUACAAAAUGGCACCUUUGGCACUACCUGCUUUUCAAGUGGCACCGAGCCUAGACUCUCUUGGAGGGAGUGUUUCGUACAUACCAAAUGCUGUGAGAGAUCGUUCAUCUGAUGGAGUGCUCGAGGUCGAAGGUCGAGACGCCAACAGCAACCUCGCUUUCAUGGCCUUCGUGAUGGCUCUUCUCGACACUGUUGUCAACAUAGUCAGCACCAUCAACGACAACAACAACAACAACAAUGACAACAACAAUAACAACAAUAACAAUAACAACAAUGCUAAUAUCAAUGAGCUCGUGGCCAUGAGCGAGAACACCAACAACAACAUGGUGACCGGCAAGAGCCUCUUUCAGCGAGUAAGCCGUUUCUUGCAAGACGCUGUGACAACCAUCACGGCGCCUAUUGUUUCUACUAUUAAUUCUCUUCCUUUCAUGCCUUCUUCUUCUUCCUCAUCUUCUUCUUCUUCUUCAUCUUCUUCUGUUUCUGAUUCUUCUUCCUCCUCUUCUUCCACUGCUCGAGUUCCCUCUUCGUCUUCAAAUUCUAAUUCUUCUCUCGCGUCUCCGCUUUCUUCUUCUUCCUCCUCCUCCUCCUCCUCUUCUUCUUUUAUUCCUUCGUCUAAAUCUUCUUUGUUGUCUGGUUCUUCCCCCUCAUCGUCGCCUGUGUCUUCUGCGUCUCAUUCCGAUUUACUUUCAUCAUCUACUUUCCCAUCCACUCCUUCGCCAUCUGUCAGUGCGAAUUUCUCCUCGUAUUACUACACUUCUCCUUCCUUUUCUUAUUCUCCUUCUUUAUCCUUUCCAUCCUCCUCGUCUCUCUCCCGUCCGUCAUCCAACAUUCGUUUACAGUCUUCUUCAUCUCCUGUCUCUUCUUCGUCUUCCUCCUCCUCUUCCUCUUCCUCUGCUUCCACAUCACCAUCCUUCCCCUCUUCCCAUUCCUCCCGCAUCUCAUCUUCCUCC